CAUCACUCUCUUAUUCCUUCGCUGUGUUGUAUGCUCGUCCCCAAUGGCUUCACUCGCCGCCGCCCCCUCCCCGACCUCCUCCACUCCACCUCCGUCCUCCCCCUACGCCCGCCUGUCCGCACCCACUAUGGCCAGAAAUUCCUCCUCCUCCUCUUCCCGCUCCACUGCAUCAUGCUCCUCCACCUCCUCCGUACAGGCAGUCCCCAUGCGCCCGCCGCCCAUAGAGACCUCCACAGCAGCCACAAGCAGGUCACAGCUUCCUUCCAGUCGCCACAGUGAGAACGAGGCGGAGCGGGAUACGAGUUAUACCAGUCCCGGAUUGAGUGUCGGAGGACGAGGCGGAUUGGCCAGGAAUGGCCCAAGAUCAAACAGACUUGGGACGAGUCCACAGGCGAGGCAUGUGCCGCCUUCUAUCGUGGCCUUGUCACCAUCACCGUCUCCGAUCCUCAACAUGGUCCCCAAAAGACAGUCAAACACUGAGACUGUGUCGGGUACCUCGCCAAGUACACCUCUCGGCAAGUCCUUUUUAGCCCAGCAAGAUCUCUCACCGAAUAGCAACACCAUUCCUCUCCGCGUAACCAUCUCUGUCGACCCGAAUGAGCGACUUUCUCAUGAUCGCGAAUCCCAUUCUGUCGAACGACCUCGCUCAACGGGUAACUCGCCCGUACGCGGCCGGCAUGGCCAUUUGAGCACGCCGUCAUCACCUACAAGCUCGUAUAGGGCGCUUGGCGGGAAGCCAAGGACGCUUAGUGUCGACGCGGGGCAAAACUGGGGAAGAAGUCAACGGAAUCGAUUGAGAGAUGGCGAUGAUCGGGAGCGUCGUCAAAGCCAGGUUUCAAGCGCCAGCUCUGGAGCACUCAAGAAACACAGCUUGGACGACUGGGUCCUUGGUGAAGAGCUCGGCGUCGGGUCCUACUCUACAGUCUACUGUGUUACCCCUUCUGCCAACACACACUCUCCUACUUCUCCCCAACCGGCCAGAAAGUAUGCCCUCAAGGUUAUCAAUCAGGCGCAUCUUAUUCAGGAGAAAAAGGUCAAGUACGCCAUGGUAGAGCGGGACGCUCUUAUUCGAUUAUCUGAUCCUCGACCUUCCAAGGGCCAUAAGCGAGGAGUGUCGAGCUCUUCGAGCAGUGGGUAUACCCAGACGGGAAGCGCUGGGAAACGCAAAUCCACCGCUAGUAUAGGUGGCCAGUCCAGUGUGGCUUCAGUCUCUGGCGGGGCGGCCAGCAGCAGCAAGAAAGAUACGCGUGAUCGCCUUUCCAUCGUAACCACCUCUAGCGCCGCUUCCAGCCCCGUCCUUACUGCUUCGAGUGGUAGCACUCAGCUCUCUCCGACUGCAACAAGUGGAGGUGGUGGCAAUAACAAGGGCAGGCGACCUAGCCGCUCAGCCGAACCUCCGACACGGGUGCAGGAACAGACUGAGAUGCUUAUUCAUGAUCGAGGAGAUCGACAGGAGACACCGUCACGUGAAUGGGAUAGGGAUAGAGAUUGGGACAAUAUGACAAGGUCUCGUCCUCCCUCACCUGUACGGGAAGAGUCGACUGAAGGCGGAGAAAAGGACAAGGACGAAGAAGAGCCAGGGGCAAGCUCUGAAGAUCUCGGAGCUGCCAUCCACCUUACCCUUCCUCCACCUCAGAUACCGUCUACCCCCGAACCACGCAGUUCACCCCUCUUGUCAGUCGACGGGCAACGUACGAGCAGAGAAGCCGCUCGAGAUCGACCUCACUCGACACCUAAACGCCGGCGUCAGUCAUUGGCACCGAGUGAGAGAUCGAUGAAGAGUGGAAGUACUACAGGCAAAUCGCCUGCUGCUGCUGCACACCCGGGUGUUGUCAGGUUGUUCUCUACGUUUAACGAUUCUUCUUCACUCUACUUUGUGCUGAGCCUUGCGAGUAAUGGCGAAUUGGCGUCGAUGAUUCGCAAAUACGGCUCGCUUGAUAUCACUUCUGCACGGUAUUAUGCCGCUCAGUUGAUUGAUACUCUUGAAUUCGUGCAUUCCCGAGGUGUCAUUCACCGUGACCUCAAGCCGGAAAACAUUCUUCUUGACGAGGAUAUGCGUAUCAAGAUUACAGAUUUUGGAAGUGCCAAGAUCAUUGCACGAGAAGAGCCGGUCGCAGAUGAUAGUUCAAGAAGCCGAUCGUUUGUUGGGAGUGCGGACUUUGUCAGUCCUGAAGUCUUGCGAAACGAAGUUGCAACCACGGCAUCCGACAUUUGGGCUUUUGGGUGCAUUCUCUACCAGUUUAUCUGUGGGAAACCGCCAUUCCGAGGUGCGACAGAUUACUUGACCUUUCAAAAGAUCUUGAAACGGGAAAUGGAGUUUCCUGAAUGCAUUGACAAAGAUGCAAAGUCCCUCAUUGACACCAUUCUGAAUCUCGAACCCAAUCUCCGACCUAGCAUUACAUUCAUCAAAACCCAUCCAUUCUUCCAAUCUGUCGACUUUUCCACUCUCUGGACCAUCCCCGCUCCUCCGAUUUCCAGUGGUUUGCGAGAACCAAGCAAGUCGACGACGUUGGCCCAGCUUGAAGCGUCGGAUAUUUGGGGUGUGUUUGAAGGGAGCGAUGUGGGCGAGGAGGAUGAGGAUGGGUUUGAAUAUGAUGAUGAUUUGUCGUCCCGGGCUGGAGACGGUGCAGAGGGAACAGGACCCAUGUCUGGUCGGCAAGUCGCCGCUAACGCGGUGCACCAUGUGGAUAAUCCGAAAUUAUCGACUCGUUCACGAAACCAUAUCGAUCUUGGCCAAGAUCUCGACCAUCCUCGAUCUGCCUAUGCCGGUUCUGGCGCAGGGAGACGCGGGAAGAAGCAAAAGCAAAAGGAGAAGGAGAAGGGUAAUAAUGCGAGAGGAUGGAGUCACGGGAGUGAAAACCCGGGUGGGAACCGCUCGGCGUUGGGUGGGUGGUUGGGAGAGAUGUGGGGGGAAGUAGCUACUUUUGCCCGCGACACUUUUGCCACGGGCAAAACGUUUUUGCCGGGCGGCGGCGGCAGAGCUUUGGAGAACCGCUCGGGCAAAAGUCCCCAGCAGAAACCGGCAGACACCGCCGCACGUAUGAGAAAAUAGCAGUGGUGCGUGGUGCGUGGUGCGUGGUUGAAGUAGGCUCCGACGCUUUUUGCGGACAUUGGCCGGUUGCUGAGGCUUGUUGCAAACUGGGACGUUUGGCUGGGCUCGUUGGAGUGAUUUUGGCCUUUUUCGGACCAUUUUCAAACAGCCAGCCACUUUUUAUUUUAUAUGUGAAGAUCUUUUUAAGAGGUUGUAGGGAAAUACUCAAGUGUCCUAUUGGUUUAUCGAUUCAGUUGGUUCCGUUCCAUUGCCGCUCACAGUAUAUAACAGGAAUAUCGGCUCUUUGGUAUUAGUUCUACGGAAUGGUCGAUCUACCGAAUAGCUAUAUUACGAUAGGUCGUUGAAUAGUGUAGUGGUAUAUUGAACUCGGGUCUCAUAUCGAGUUGUUGUGUGUGUGUAUCAAUAUAGGCUCCAUCAGUAUAGGCUCCAUGAGCGUAAGCUUGACAGUUAUGUACUUCACUUUGAAUCUACCAUGAGCGGUUAGGCAAAGAGUCAAAUGUUAUUUGUAUCGGGUUUGCUUUUUCUUUCCACAUGUAGUAGUCGGG